CGCGUGCGGCUGGAGGUGACGGCGGCAGAGGCGCUGGCGCGUGCGCGGUUUGUGGCAGCCACUUGUCUGAGGGGAUCGCAAGGGUUUUGUGCGCUUGUCGCUGGUGCUGCAGAGGAGGCCGCGGACGGCAAGGAUGUUGGGCGGACGGCAGGUGCCGAAGACGCUUCGGGCAUUAACCAUUGUAAGCCGAGGCUAUUCAUCACAGCAGCGUGGUUUAAAUGAAGUAGUCAUUGUAAGUGCUGUCCGGACGCCCAUUGGAUCUUUCCAAGGAUCCCUUUUCUCACAUCCAGCAACUAAACUUGGUUCUUUUGCAAUUAAAGGAGCAGUAGAAAGAGCAGGUAUCCCUGCACAGGAGGUGAAAGAAGUGUACAUGGGCAAUGUCAUCCAGGCUGGGCAAGGACAAGCUCCUGCAAGACAAGCAACUCUUGGUGCAGGUUUACCGGUUUCAACUCCUUGUACUACUGUCAAUAAAGUUUGUGCUUCUGGAAUGAAAUCCAUUAUGAUGGCAGCACAGAGUCUGAUGUGUGGGAACCAGGAUGUGAUGGUGGCUGGUGGAAUGGAAAGCAUGUCAAAUGUACCCUACACAAUGGGCAGGGGAGCAACACCUUAUGGAGGAAUAAAGCUUGAAGAUCUGAUUGUGAAAGAUGGCUUGACUGAUGUUUACAACAAAAUUCAUAUGGGUAACUGUGCAGAAAAUACUGCUAAGAAACUUUCUAUAUCACGGGAAAAUCAAGAUGCCUAUGCUAUAAAAUCUUAUACGAAAAGCAAGGAAGCUUGGGACUCAGGAGUUUUUGCAAAUGAAAUUGUACCUGUUACAGUUUCUCAAAAAGGGAAACCAGACAUAGAAGUUAAAGAAGAUGAGGAGUACAAACGUGUUGACUUUACCAAAGUUCCAAAGCUGAAGGCAGUUUUUCAAAAAGAAAAUGGAACUGUAACUGCUGCUAAUGCCAGUACAUUGAAUGAUGGAGCAGCUGCUUUGGUUUUGAUGACUUCAGAAGCAGCCAAGAGAUUAAAUGCUAAGCCAUUGGCUAAAAUAGUAGCUUUUGCAGAUGCUGCUGUUGAUCCUAUUGACUUCCCAGUUGCACCAGCGUUUGCUGUUCCUAAGAUACUUAGUCAAACGGGACUGAAAAAGGAAGAUAUAAAAAUGUGGGAAAUCAAUGAAGCAUUCAGUGUUGUUGUCUUAGCCAACAUUAAAAUGCUGGAUGUUGAUCCGGAGAAGGUGAAUAUUCAUGGUGGUGCAGUCUCUUUAGGACAUCCAAUUGGGAUGUCUGGAGCAAGAAUUGUUGUUCACAUGGCUCAUGCACUAAAGCAAGGAGAAUAUGGCCUUGCUGGAAUUUGCAAUGGAGGAGGAGGAGCAUCUGCAAUAUUGAUCCAAAAGCUGUAGACUGUAACAUCAAGCCUUAAAAUUCUGACUAUCAAAAUGGCUGCAACUAUUGACUAUUGAAUUACAGUAUAGGUCCCCAGGCUCAGAAGCUGACUGCACGGGCCUGCAGGGGGAAGUGAUUAAUAUGCCAGUAUCCUGAAGUGGCUCAUUUAUUAAGCCACUUCACAAUACUAGCAGGAUUUGUUUCCAUGUGGUCAAUGUUGAUUAGAUCAUUCUUAUAAAGCCCAAGUGGGCCCCACUAGCUCACUUCCUGCUACUAGUGUAGCUGUACCCUCAGUCUAUCAUUGUUUUCAAGAAAAAUUUUUUACUGUAAACCGCUUCCCUGCAAGAAGCUUUUAUACCAUAAUGAUUACAGAACAUGUUUGUUUAACUUCCAGUCAAAGAGAAUAAAGAUUGUAUACAUUA